UAUUGCAACCGCUGACCAAGCGGCCGCGUUUGCCAACGUUUAGCUGUAAAAUUUUCAACACCCAGUUUCGACAAGUUACGCGUUAGAAUUAUACCUUCGGCAGAAAGCAUGCCCAACAGUGAUGCCGAAAGUGAUGCGAGCGAUAGCUCCAGUCACAGCAGUAGCAGCAGCAGCAGUAGUGGCUCCACCAGCAGCACCGGCAGCGCCAGCAAAGGCAGCAGCAGCAGCGGCGACGACAGCAACGCUGGCAGCAGCAGCAUCAAGCGGCCAAGUGAGCAUAAAGAAGAAGAGGAAGACGUGGGACAAGCAAAGAGGCGAACGACAAGCAAAGACAAGGAUAAGGUUAAGGAUGUUAACGAUAAAGUAAAAUCGACAAGUGAUAGGGAAGAAGAAGCAGAACAGGCUGUUGACAAAAAUAAAACAAACGUUGCUGACACGUCUGAGCGGAACGAACAAGAAAAUGCACCCAAGCCUGAGAGUCCCGCAAAGGUAGAAAUAAAAGAGACAACAAAAGAUGCCGCUGAGGAACAGCAACAAGUCGAAACGCCAAGUGAGCAGCCUGAACAGGAGCAAGAACAGGAGCAGGAGCACAAUAAGCAACAGCAGCUGGAGGAAAAGGAACUGCCAGCUGUAACCAGCAAUGGGAAUGGAACGAGCGAGAAGGCCGCUGCUUCUAGUCCUACACACAGUAAUGUGGAAGAGGGAGAAAUUACCGAUAAAGAGGAUGAUGUUCAGCCCGUGGAAGCCACACCAGCUGCCGAUGCGAGCAACAACGUGGCCAAACAGCAGGAGCCGCAGCUGAAGUCAAUAAUUAGCCAGGUGGCGCCGACCAGACAACCGCCGCAAAUUGCCAGUCAGGUGCGGAGACGAACUCGCAGUCGAUCCAUCGACGAGGAUGAGGAGAAGCAGCAGCGACGCCGACGCCGACAAGCAUCGCACAGUCGCAGCCGCAGCACGAGUCCAUCUCGUCGCCAGCGACGCCGACGCACGCGCACACGCAGUCCGCGCAGCCGGAGCGUGAGUCCAGUGCGACGCCGCUCUACUUCCGUAGAACGCAGGCGUGCUGAGCGUCAGAGGCGUCACGAGGAGCGGGAUAAGCGCGACGAGGAGCGCGCCCGUGAGCGUGAGAAGCGUCAUCAGCAUCGCCGCAGCGAUGAGCCGUCCUCUGCAGCAGCAGCUGCAUCUAAGCCCAGCACGCCGCCAGCCGAGAAUGCGGACAAUGCCACCGUCAGCGAGCCAGCGGCCAAGAUUAGCGAGCGACAGCGACGCACCGUCGAUUUGCUAACCUCGCGCACUGGCGGCGCCUAUAUACCGCCGGCCAAGCUGCGCCUCAUGCAGGCCGAGAUCACGGACAAGGCAUCGGCGGCGUAUCAGCGCAUCGCCUGGGAGGCGCUCAAGAAGUCCAUCCAUGGCUACAUCAACAAGGUCAACGUCACAAACAUCGCGAUCAUAACUCGGGAACUCUUGCGAGAGAAUAUUGUGCGAGGUCGUGGCCUGCUCUGCCGUAGCAUCAUUCAGGCGCAGGCGGCGUCGCCCACCUUCACGCAUGUCUAUGCGGCACUGGUGGCCAUUAUCAACUCCAAGUUUCCAAAUAUUGGUGAGCUAUUGCUGAAGCGUUUGGUUAUCCAGUUCCGUCGCGCCUUCCGCCGCAACGACAAACUGGUUUGCAUGUCCGCCACACGCUUCAUUGCCCACCUGGUUAAUCAACGUGUUGCGCAUGAGAUUCUGGCGCUGGAGAUGCUGACGCUGCUCGUGGAGAUGCCCACCGAUGAUUCCGUGGAGGUGGCCAUAUCCUUUCUGAAGGAGUGCGGCAUGAAACUGACGGAGGUCUCCUCCAAGGGCAUUGGCGCCAUCUUCGAGAUGCUGCGCAACAUUCUGCAUGAGGGCAAGCUGGACAGACGUGUGCAGUACAUGAUCGAGGUGCUCUUCCAGGUGCGCAAGGAUGGCUUCAAGGAUCACCCGGCUAUUGUGGAUGAUCUGGAGCUUGUGGAGGAGGAUGAUCAGUUUACGCAUCUUAUGAUGCUGGACGAGGCCACCGAAACAGAAGAUAUACUUAAUGUCUUUAAAUUCGACGAGAAAUAUGCGGAGAACGAGGAGAAGUACAAGGCGCUCAGUUGCGAGAUAUUGGGCAGCGAUGCCAGUGGCUCGGGCUCUGGCUCCUCCGGUUCUGGUUCGGAUUCGGACAGUGAUUCGGAUGGCGAAUCCGGCUCAGACAACGAUGCAGAUGGCAAGAAGGGCGACGCUGGCGAUAUUAUUGACAACACGGAAACGAAUCUGAUUGCAUUGCGUCGCACCAUCUAUCUGACCAUCAAUUCCAGCUUGGACUACGAGGAGUGCGCGCACAAGCUGAUGAAGAUGCAGCUGAAGCCCGGCCAGGAGGUGGAGCUCUGUCACAUGUUCCUCGACUGUUGUGCCGAGCAGCGCACCUACGAGAAGUUCUAUGGGCUGCUGGCGCAGCGCUUCUGCAGCAUCAACAAGAUCUAUAUACCGCCCUUCGAGGAGAUCUUCAAGGACACCUAUCAGACGACCCAUCGCCUGGACACGAAUCGUCUGCGCAACGUUAGCAAAUUCUUUGCCCAUCUGCUCUUCACGGACGCCAUCAGCUGGGAUGUGCUGGAGUGCAUACAGCUGAACGAGGAUGAUACGACCUCGUCGAGUCGCAUUUUCAUCAAGAUCUUAUUCCAGGAGCUGGCCGAAUAUAUGGGCCUGGGCAAGCUGAAUGCGAAGCUCAAGGAAGAAGUGCUGCUGGACAGUUUGGCGGGUCUGUUUCCCAAGGAUAAUCCGCGUAAUACGCGCUUCUCCAUCAAUUUCUUCACCUCCAUCGGCUUGGGCGGCUUGACGGAUGAUUUGCGUCGAUUCUUGAAGAAUGCGCCCAAGACAGUGCCGGCCAUCAAUUCCGAGCUGCUGGCCAGCGGUAAUCCGUUCAAGGAUCCAAAUGCAGCUGGCGAAGCGGCCCCAGCUUCAAGUUCGUCCUCCUCCGACUCCUCCUCCUCCAGCAGCAGUGGCGACAGCAGCAACUCCUCCAGCAGCGACGAUGACGACACCAGCGACGAGGACAGCGACAGCGAGUCCAGCUCCAGUUCCGAGUCCAGUGAGCCGACGCGCAAGCGCAAGCAUAAAGAGAAGAGCGCUAAGAAGAAGGGAAAGAAGAAUUCAAAGAAGCAAAGCAAGGCCAAAAAGUCCACAGACAAAGAGAGGGAGGAGGAGAAAGCGAAAAAGAAGUCAGAGAAGGCCAAGAAGAAGGAGAAGAAGAAGGAAAAGAAAAAGGCAGCUGAUAAGAAAGCAAAGCGAAAGCGCAAACACGCAGAGACGAGCAGCUCCAGUUCGAGCAGCGCUGGCAGUGAGGAUGAGAGUGACAGCAGCUCCUCUCCAGCCACAUCCUCCGGCAGCGACAACAGCAACGAGGAGCCACAGCCCAAGAUUGCUCGCACUGAUAAGAACAACGGCAGCAAAUCAAAAACUAAAUCUGCAUCCCGGAGCAAGCACCCGGAUUCCGAUGACUUCAACCUGGAGGCACCCGAUGACUCGCCGCCAGCGCGUCAACAGCAGCACAAUGGCCACAGCAGGCGAGAGGCAUCGCCGGCCAAGGAACGAGAGCGAGAAAGGGAUAGGGACAGGGAAAGGGAAAGGGAAAGGGAGCGCGAUCGUCGCGGCAGACGAGCCGAAGAGGAGAGUCGCAGCGGCAAGAGACCACGAGAUGGUGAACGUGACCGCGAGCGUGAGCGUGAGCGAGGACGCGAUAAGGAGAGAGAACGUGACAGAGAUAGGGAGAGGGAGCGUGAACGCGAAAGGGACCGGGACCGGGAGCGGGAUCGCGCUCGUGAACGUGACCGUGAGCGUGAACGCGAUCGUGAUGCACGACCGUCACGCAGAGAACGGGAGCGACGCGAUUCACCCAGACGCCAGCAGCAUAGACGCAGCGUGUCCAAGGAGCGCGGCUGAGCAACAGCAGCAGCAGCAGCG